CAAAUCCGUAACUAGCGAAUCAGUAAUUUUAGAGCCUCCACCACAUCAAGCGGAAGUGCGUCGGUCGUUGCAUUGCAACUAUCGAGAGAGGGUUAACGUUUUCCGGGAAAAUUUAUCAAUAUAUGCGUUGAGAAAGCGCUUUGGUGGUGAGAAAAUCUGGGAAAAUCUGGGCUCUCUGGAAGCUUCGAUCAGAGAUGAGGUGACUGUGGACACCCCCUCUCUCUCCCUUAUCGUGAGCUUCGUGUUCUAGAAUUUAUGAGCCCGAGAUCUCGAAGCUCGAUACUGAGCUGGAUGGAUCAUGCUUCUAAGUUCAUUGUGUUGCUGGUGCUCCUUGUAUUUGCUUCUUCAGCAGUAAGUGCCUCACAUAGCAAAGAUGACUACCAGCAUUGUGAAAGUACCGUCAACAAAUGGGCUUCUUCUUCCAUUGAUUUAGAAGUCAAAGAAGACAAACAUAUACUACGUGAUUUGCUGUUUUUCCUUCACAUCCCAAGAACGGGAGGGAGAACAUAUUUCUAUUGUUUCUUGAAAAAGUUGUAUGCUAGUUCUUUGGAAUGUCCUCGUUCUUACGAUAAAUUACGGUUUGAUCCGAGCAAACCAAAUUGCAGGUUAUUGGUUACUCAUGAUGACUAUAGCAUGAUGUCCAAACUUCCCAAGGAAAAAACUUCAGUGGUGACGAUACUUAGGAAUCCAAUUGACCGUGUCUUUAGCACUUACGAAUUUUCAAUAGAGGUAGCAGCUAGGUUUCUAGUACAUCCUAACCUAACAUCUGCCACACAAAUGAUUGGACGCCUGCGUUCAAAGAACCGUGGAAUAAGUACGCUGGAUAUUUGGCCAUGGAAGUAUUUAGUUCCGUGGAUGAGAGAGGACCUAUUUGCUCGAAGAGAUGCCAGGAGGGAUAAGGGCCCAAAUUACUUCAGAAGCAAUGACUCAUAUAAUAUGGAGGACAUGGUAAUGCCAUUACAGGAAUACAUUAAUGAUCCUAUAGCUCGAGAUAUCAUUCACAAUGGAGCCACAUUCCAGAUUGCAGGACUGACAAACAACUCUUAUCUACCUGAGUCACAUGAAGUGCGUCGUUGUGUACUAAAACAUCAGACUCUUGGUGAAUAUGUGCUUGAAGUUGCAAAGAAGAGGUUGGAUGAUAUGUUGUAUAUUGGACUCACUGAGGACCAUAGAGAAUCUGCAACAAUGUUUGCAAAUGUGGUUGGUGCACAGGUGAUUUCUCAGUCAAUAGCAUCCAGUUACAAUGCAGAGCCUGCAGUUAAUGACAGAUCAGAAGCGAGCUCUUCAUCCCUGGAUUCCAAAUCUGAUACUAGUCACUAUCAGAAUACCAGCACAGACCGAAAGGCAAGCAAAAUAUCUUCAACCGAAAAUGUUGAACCAACAAAUGAAAAUAUGACUGUCGAAAAACUUAUGGAUUCUUAUGAGACCUGUAUUUCUAGCUUACGAAAGACCCAAGCACAGCGACGUAAUAUUUCUUUGAAGAGAAUCUCCCCUGCAAACUUUACUAAGAAGGCUCGUCUUCAGGUUCCUGAAGUGCUUCUCCAGGAGAUUCAAUCACUUAACAGCUUAGAUAUAAAGCUCUAUGAAUAUGCUGGGGACAUCUUCUCAAAACAACAUGAAAAGAUGACACAGAAAUUCGCUGGUGCAGAGAAGCUGGAGAGAACGUUCGACAGUUCAUUUGGUGCCCCCACUUCGUGGAACAUUCUAUGAUAUUGCAGCAAGGAAUUGGGGCUUUGCUACUGAAAGCUGAAAGCUAAAUUGAUUACAUUCCUAACAUGUUCUGCUGAAAUUUGCUAUGUGACAGGCCGGUGUGUUCACAACCAGAUUAGAUUAAUGAGUUUAGCAUUUUCUUUGUGAAUGAGUAAGCCCGAGAUGUGGCCAUUUAUCAACCGUUGAUGUGCACUCUACUACAUCAGCCCUGUUUGGUGCCAGCUUAUAAGAACUGUUUAUAGUGUUUAGUUUUGGAAAUACGUCGUAUCAAAUACAUCUUUUGCUUAUAGAUGCAAAAAUAGCUUAAAUAAACUCUUUUGCUGCUACUACUUGGUGCCUAAUGUUCUUCCACCUAAACAUGAAGGAGGGCGGGUGUAGUUCUGUGGUGGAAGAUGUCUUCGUAUUCCUCUUAGGCUCGUUUUGAAAGAGAGAUAUGUAGAGCAGUUCUAGUCCCUCAAUUGAUUCGUCUUUAAACAUGAAAAAAAAUAUAUAUAUAUAUAUAGUUGAUUUUUUUUUUCCGAUUA